UGUACAUAAUCCCUGAGUUGACCCAGAAAAUAGGCAGUCGUUUCAAGAUCUGAUGCGGCAGUCUUUGUGCGCACCGUUCUCGCUGAGCAUGAAGCGUAACCCAGUGGAAUACAGAGUCUAAACAGAGGAGCUGCGUUUUACACUGGAACUGUUUAAAAGGACGGAACCAGAGCAAAGUAGCGCAACUUUGUGGAGCCGUUACGGUUUCGGACAGGAGGCAUGGCAGACCAUCUGAUGAUGCCCAUGAAUCACAACUCAGCAGGUGGCGGUCUCCACGGUUACAGGAUGGGCAUGAACGGCGGCCUGCAGGCAGGUCACCAGCAGCAUGCUAACCAGCAGGGCAUGCGGCCCAUGCCCAAUGGCCAGAUGAUGCACUACGGAGGUGGGCAGGCCAACAUGGAGACAGCCAUGAGGCAGCGGCAGGCCAUGGGCGCACCCAUGAACGGACAGAUGAACGGGGCACAGAUGGGCCACCACCAGAUGACCUCUGGAAACAUGAUGUACAAUGGGCAGCACCAUCCGGGACAGCAGCACCACAUGCACCCGCAGCAGCACCCAGGCCAGCACCCACCCCAGUCCCAGCACCCUCAGCAGCACCCACCUCAGCACCCUCAGCAGCACUCACAGCAGCACCCACAGCAGCAGCAGUUCAUGAACGGAGGACUCACUUCUCAGCAGCUCAUGGCCAGCAUGCAUCUGCAGAAACUCAACACUCAGUACCAUGGACACCCUCUCGGACCUAUGACUGGGGGCCACAUGGGCCCUGCUCAGUACCGCAUGAACCCGGCUCAGCUGGCCAACAUGCAGCACAUGGCUGGGCCCACGCUGGCGCUCAAUGGUAUGGACGCAGAUAUGAUCGACGAGGAGGUUCUCACCUCACUGGUCAUGGAGCUAGGCCUAGACCGAGUGCAGGAACUACCAGAACUCUUCCUGGGACAGAACGAGUUUGACUUUAUUUCAGACUUUGUCAACAAACAGCAGCCUAGUACUGUCAGCUGCUGAGAAGAUCUGCUUUUGCCACAAAUGGAGCAAGGAGCAUGAAUUGUCCUGGAUGGAUGAGUGCUCAGUCCUGCUUUUUAUUUUUGACAGCACCUUUCUGUACCAGGCAGCAGCGGGACACACUGAGGAUGCACUGAGGACAGCCCGGGAUGCCCACUGUGGGACAGGGAACAGUGUUGCACUUGUGCUAGUGGCCACAGGUGCAGGCUCAAGGCCGGCUUCAGCCCAGGUUUCUGGACUUGAAUGUAAUAAAAUGCCACUUGAACAAUGCUAUGACACUGUGUAAUCCCAGGCCCGGACUCCAUCUUGAUCUUUGCAUACAGUAAAAGGUGCAUUAAUUUAUUCUAAUCAGAGAAAUCAGAUUCAAAGUACAGCUUCAAUGUUCUUGGAAAGUAUUAUAUUUUAGUUGAACAAAAUGCAUUCUCUGCCAUUCUCUGUUGGGUUUAGAGUAUAUGUUGGCGUGGUCAGUGUAUGACCACAGCAUUCUGUUAUCUCAUUUUAGUGGGAGUAUCAUGCAUAAAUGGUUCACUUAUGGGAAAGUGCAGCCUUUUUAGAUGUGAUGUUCUCUGAGUCUACUGCUUGUACUGUACUAAACCAUGAAGCUGUAUUCACCAUGUUGACACUGUUGUGUUCUAUUGGAGAUGUAGAACCGCCUUAAUUUAGCAGAUUAUUAUUUAUUGGUUGUUUAUAUUGUCCCCUGUUUGUGGUCAAGAUGGGGGUGUAUUCUGUCAGAGGGCUUUGGAGGAUCAAUAAAGAUGGCCUGGAUAGAA